AUGUCAAACUUGGGACAGUUUGACUUUUAUCAAUCUAAUUAUACCAUUGAUAAUCAGGAGCAGAUUUGUGAUGAUUAUCUUCAUGGAUCUAGAAAACAAGAAGCAUCUGAGCAGCCCCAGCCUGCCUCUUUGGUUCCACCGGAGAUGCUCACACCAGAUUCCACAGGACAGUGUUUUCAACCAGCCUUCUACCCGGAUUAUUACUCACAAUCUCCUUACAUUGAGAGUUUUGGUGAAGAGCCUCCUUUGCUAGAAGAACUUGGAAUCAAUUUUGAUCACAUUUGGCAAAAAACCUUGACAGUGUUAAACCCUCUGAAGCCAGCAGAUGGCAGCAUUAUGAAUGAAACGGAUCUCGCUGGUCCCAUCCUUUUUUGCCUUGCCCUGGGAGCCACUCUGCUUAUGGCAGGAAAAUUUCAGUUUGGUUAUGUGUAUGGCUUGAGUGCCAUUGGCUGCAUUGUGAUUCACGCCUUACUGAAUUUGAUGAGCUCUUCUGGAGUGUCCUAUGGCUGUGUGGCAAGUGUGCUUGGUUACUGCCUGCUCCCCAUGGUCAUCCUUUCCAGCUGUGCCAUCUUCUUUUCACUGCAGGGAAUCAUUGGAACUGUGUCAGCACUUGCCAUCAUUAGCUGGUGUAGCCUCUCUGCUUCUAAAAUCUUCAUUUCGGCCUUGACCAUGGAAGGACAGCAGCUUCUCAUUGCCUAUCCUUGUGCCUUACUGUAUGGACUUUUCGCUCUCCUAACUGUUUUCUGA